AUGGCUCUCACCACUUUCUGCUUCACCAUAUCUUUGAUUCUAUGCUCAUUUAUGGUUGAUUUUGCUUCUGCUUCUGGUGAUUAUGGAUAUGGUUCAAAACCACAACUAUUUCACACACCCAUGUUUCAUGUGAAGGAAAAGCCACUCCCCAUUGGUAUUGAAGGCUUUAUUCUAUGUAAAUCAGGCCCCAAAACAAUCCCAAUUAAAGGAGGUGUUGCUAGGAUAACAUGUCUAGCUGUUGAUGUAAAUGGUUAUCAAACAGCACCUUUCUCCAUCUUAAGCAAACCGACAGAUUCAAAGGGAUAUUACUUUGCAACAUUGUACCCUAACGAGCUCAAUCAUAACAAGCUAAAGCUUGCAGAAUGUAAAGCUUUCCUUGAGAAAUCACCACUGGAGACAUGCAAGGUUGCGACCGAUGUUAACAAAGGAAUAACAGGUGCUCCCCUCUCUUAUCGUCGCCUGCUUGACAACAAGAAGAUGACGUUAUUUUCAGUCUCACCUUUCAUAUUCUCUAAUGGUUAUUGA